AUGUUCAUUUUAUCAUCAAUACUAACACUAACGAAUGGAAAUUCUAUUGUCCAUUUUCUUGGCGGUAUUGGAAAUCUUCACAAACUUUAUCGCCAGAAUAAUAAUAACCAUACGGGGGCUAUUUAUACAUUAAAAGAUCUGUAUCGUUUUCAUGUAAAAUUUCAUCAAUUUAUGGCCGAUGGAUUAUCGUCAUCAUCGACGACGACAACAUCGAAACCAGUGGUAAAAAAUCCAGAAGAUAUGACAAAAUUUUGGUUAAAUUUUCAGAAUUUUAUAUUCUAUCCAAAUCAUCAUCAUCAUCAUCAUCAUCAUGAUCAUCAUGAUAAUGAUUUGAUACCUGAUGAUUCAUGGUGGUGGUGGUGGUGGCCAUCCAAUUGGGAAAAUAAUACAAUAAAUUGUGAAGAUCAAAAAUCGAAUCAAUGA